AUGUGGUCUGGAAAGAGAGAUCAUGCUGGCUUCGUGCAAAUUUUAUCAUUACUACUAAUAUACUUCUUAUUUGAUUGUACUGCAUCGAACCAGUAUCAUUGGGUGGUGAAAGAAGCUACGUAUACAAGGCUGUGUAGCUCUAAGAAAAUAUUAACAGUAAAUGGAAAAUUUCCUGGACCAGUUUUACGAGCUCACAAGGGUGAUACAGUUUAUGUUAAUGUCCACAACGAAGGCAGGCACAACAUCACAAUUCACUGGCAUGGAGUAAGGCAACCAAGGAAUCCAUGGUCAGAUGGUCCCGAAUACAUCACGCAAUGUCCAAUUCAAUCUGGGGAUAAUUUCACACAAAAGAUUAUAUUUUCAGAUGAGGAGGGAACCAUCUGGUGGCAUGCACACAGUGACUGGUCAAGAGCCACAGUUCAUGGAGCAAUCAUUGUCUAUCCAAAACGAGGAGCUAGCUAUCCAUUUCCUAAACCUGAUCACGAAGAAGUGCCAAUAAUAUUAGGCCAGUGGUGGAAGAGUGAUGUAAUGGCGGUAUUUGAAGAAUUCGUUAGAAACGGAGGAGAUCCCAAUGUUUCCGAUGCUCACACCAUAAAUGGACAGCCCGGAGACCUCUAUCCUUGCUCAAGUCCAGAUACAUUCACACUCGUUGUUGAUCAAAACAAGACCUAUUUGCUCAGAAUUGUAAACGCGGCAAUGAAUAGCAUUCUCUUCUUCUCAGUUGCUCAACAUAACCUCACGGUGGUGGGAGUAGACGGGAGCUACACAAAGCCGGUGGCAAGAGAUUAUGUCACAAUAUCCCCAGGACAAACCAUGGAUGCCUUGUUGCUCACGAACCAACAAGUCGGUCAAUAUUACAUGGCUGCUAGGGCUUACUCAAGCAGUACUGUUAUUACCUUUGACAACACCACAACCACAGCAAUAUUACGAUAUAAUGGUAACUCGGCUCCGUUUUCAACUCCAGUAUUCCCUUACCUUCCGUACUACAACGACACAAAUUCGGCCUUCAAUUUCUUUGAUAGCCUUAGAAGCCUUGCUAAUAAAGACCACCCAAUUGAUGUCCCAUUAAACAUCACCAGAAGAAUACUCACCACAAUUUCAGUCAACACAUUGCCAUGCCCCAACAAUUCAUGUGCAGGACCAAAUGGCACCCGCCUAUCCGCUAGCAUGAACAAUAUAAGCUUUGUAACCCCCAGAACAGUAGACAUCCUAGAAGCCUACUACUAUCACAUUCAUGGGGUCUACAAAAAGGGGUUCCCAAAUUCUCCACCACCGGUGUUUAAUUUUACCGGUGAAACCCUACCAUUUCUAGUACAGAUACCCAGUAGAGAGACAAAGGUGAAAGUUAUUAAAUACGGAGCAAAUGUGGAAAUUGUUUUUCAAGGGACGAUUGUGACUGCACCGAUAGAUCAUCCAAUGCAUUUGCACGGGUAUAGCUUCUUUAUAGUAGGACGAGGGCCUGGGAACUUCGACGAAAAUCAGGACCCAUUAAACUACAAUCUCGUUGAUCCUCCUCUGAGGAACACUGCCACGGUGCCCAUAAGUGGUUGGACUGCCAUCAGAUUCAAAGCCGACAAUCCGGGAGUGUGGUUCAUGCACUGCCAUUUGGAGCGUCACCUAACCUGGGGAAUGGACACCGUUCUCAUUGUAAUGAACGGAAAGCAGGAGGAGGAAAAGUUGCUGCCGCCGCAACCCGGAAUGCCACCUUGUUAAAUUUGAUAUAAGUUCUAUAAAUUAUUCAAUAUGAUCUA